AUGCGUUUAUAUUCCGCCUAUAGGGAUAGGUUGGCUUUGUCGGUCUUCCCUGAGAGAUUGGUUGAGAUUGUUGAUGGUAAUCGAGAUGAGAUGUUUGUGGUGUGCGGUGAUUUCAACCUUCCAGGCAUCAAGUGGGAUGUUGAUGAGCUGAAUUCUUGUUACGAACCAAAAAAUUUUAGGGAUCCCAGUGCGAGCUUGUUUGUCGAUUCGAUGUCCUUGUCAGGAUUGACUCAGUUCAAUGGCUUCGCCGGUGUCUCGGGCAAUGUUCUCGAUCUGGUUCUCAGUAAUAAUUACUUGAUAGAAGGCUUGAAAGUUUCUGAUCACCCCCUGAUGCCAGAGGACCCUUGUCACAAUACUCUUGAGUUUUUAAUUAGAGCCCCGAUAUGUUCCAGGAAGAAUAUGGGAAAUUCUAGAGGACGUAAUUUCAAUAUGGCCAACUACGAUGCACUUAAUGAAGCAUUGGGUUCUGUCGAUUGGGGUGCCGAACUUUCCUUUUUGAGUGUUGACCAAUCCGUAGACAGAUUUUAUCAGAUUAUCGACGGUCUUCUGGAUAGUUUCGUUCCACUAUUGCCCAGAUACUGCAGAAAAUAUCCAUCUUGGUUUUCACUCUCUUCUGUGAGGGCCGUCAGAGAAAAGACUAAGUUCCAUAAGCGUUGGAAAAAAUAUGGUAAUGAUAUAGAUUAUUCAACCUACAGACUUCUCAGAGGGCGGACUGAAUUUCUUAUAGAACAAGAUUACAGAAAGUUCAUUGAGAGUAUGGAAAUUAACUUGAAGCUUAACCCAAAGUCGUUUUGGCGUUACGUGAGAGCCAAGAGGAACUCUCCUUGUGUGCCCGACUGUAUAAGGACUCCGGGUGGUAUUGUGGCUGAUCGUCAGAUAAUUUGUGAUCUUUUUUCGGAGUACUUUGGAUCUGUAUUCUUGCCUUCCAGUGUUGGAAACUUGGCUGAGUAUCCUGAGGCACCUUUACAUGUGGGAAGCUACACCAUAAGCCGUGACAAGAUAAAAGAGAAGAUCAUGGAGAUGAAGAAUGUGGGUCCCGGUCCUGAUGGGAUUCCCCCUUCAUUUUUGAAGAGCUGCCUGGAACGCUUGGUUGAGCCUUUAUUUAUCCUCUUCAACAGAUCUUUAAUGGAGGGCUGCUUUCCUGAAAGAUGGAAGUUCUCCAAAGUGGUACCCGUUUUCAAAUCUGGCGACAAAAAUCUCCUGGAAAAAUAUAGACCCAUCUCUAAGCUUUGUGUGAUUGGGAAGCUCUUCGAGGGAAUCGUGACAGACUUCUUAUUUUUCGAUGUUAAGAACAUAUUGAACACUGAACAGCAUGGAUUUGUGAAAAAACGCUCCGUUGAUACUAAUCUGUUCACUUUUGUGGUAUAUGUGCUGGGUAGUAUGGACUCUGGAUAUGCUGUUGACUCUGUCUAUACAGACUUCAGUAAGGCUUUUGAUAAAAUUGAUCAUUCAAUAAUUAUUUCCAAGCUUGCUGAUGUGGGUGUGCAUGGAAGCCUUCUAAGAUGGUUGGACUCUUACCUCAGGAAUAGGUCUCAGAGAGUAGUGUUGAGCCAAUACUGUUCCGAGUAG